AUGGAGGAUUCCAGUCGCUGCCACUACCGACCCAUUCCUUCCCAACUGUUUCUAGUGUCAAAGCGGAUCAGCCAGGAGGUGUCAUCUAUAUUCUACAGUGAGAACCAGUUUUGGCUGUUGUAUUCUGGGUCAAACAGCUUCAGCGUGCUGCACAAACUCCGCCCAGGAACGAUUGCCAUGAUCCGAUACAUGCGUGUUGUCCUGCAUGCGAUGGCGAAAGAGCUCGGCCACUACUCCAUCCACGGUCAUCACCCAACCCAGUUGGAGCUCAUCCCGCUGAGUCCAACGUCACAGCCUCACUAUCAAGAUCUCACCAGGGACUGGGGUCUCGCCUGUGAGCGCCUCGCGUCGUGCAUCGAGAAGUCCCGUCUCGAGAUGUGCCUGGUCUGCGAUACAGAAAGCACCGCAGUCGCAGAGGAUGUUCUAGCACCACUGAGCUCUCUGCCUACUCUGGCCGGCAUGUCCAUCCGUCUCUCUGUUCCCUGGAACUGCGACCCCGAAACCAUCGAUCGAGGCAUCUACACCGAGCUCCACAACCUCGCCAAAGAUACAUCGCGGCGCCUCACAGCCCGCUCCCACAACACCCAUCGCAAGACCUUCCGCUUCGAUCUCGUCCCAGGCGAGCUCCAGCGACGCAUCCUCGAAUCCACAGACCUCGUCGCCCCAUCCCACAUCUGCUGGAACUCCGAGCAGGGAUUCGUCCUCCAGCCAGAUUACCGGCCUGGAACCUGCCGUCUCUGCGACGGCGUCCGCGCCGCGUGCUGCUCGACGUUUCCCGCCGGAGGCACCUGGACGGUCCAGUGCCCGUGCUGGCGGUUCCCGUCCGCCCUGUUCCUGGUCAACCGCGAGUUCAACGCCGAGGCGCAUCGGAUCUUCUGGUCGCGGAACAAAUUCGUCUUCUCAUCCUUCGCUGAGCCGAUGCCUGUCGCCGGGCCGUUUCCGUUCUGCCCCAUCGACACGGUGUUCCCGUCGCUCGUCCCGCCGCGCGCAUUCAAGCAUCUGCGGUAUCUGCAGUUUAUGUUCACUGGACACCACUCCUGGGAUCGGUGGCGGGAGACGGUUGCGAUGCUGAUGCGUCUUGGCGAUCUGUCGCAGCUCACGCUGGCUAUUGAUAUGACUGAAGCCCGGGAACCGGCGCUGGGGACCUCCAAUGUGCGCACCGAGGAGUAUUACGCGUCGCUCUGGAAUAAGCUCUCGCAGUUGGCCGGGCCGUUCGAGCCGGGUCAUGGGCUGGGGACUCUCUUCCUGUACGAUCCGUGGCCGCAUGGCUGGACUGAGAAGGAAUUGGCGCUGAAGAAGCGGUGGGCACAGGAGCUCGUGACGAUGAUCAUGGGGCCCGAUUAUGAUGGCCGGUCGAGGGAUGUAGAGGCGUUGUGGAUGCGAUGGAGUCGUCCAGUUUGGAUCUGA